AGAGGAGUGUAGCGGAAGUUGUGUUUGUGUUUCCGGGUUGCGGAAGAUGCUACGACCUCCGUCCCAUUGUUUACAUUUUACCUCGUGAUGUGGACGGCGGAGUAAAAGGCGCCAGUGUUUGGUGUCCUUCCAGAGAGAAACAUCACAAACUGCUGCAUGAGGUUUUAAAACCUGAAGCGAAGCUACAAAGAGCAGGUCGGGGAGAAGUCGAGGAGAGACACUUCAACAUGAACUCUGAGAGGAAACUGUCAGCUGGCCAGCGGAGAGCUUUACCUUCAGAUGUCCAGAAAGUGAUUGUUGGUGAAGAACAUCAGCAGGAGUGGAGCUCCAGUCUGGACCAGGAGGACACAAAGCCCCCCAACAUUAAAGAGGAACAGGAGGAACUCCAGAUCAGUCAGGAUGAAGAGCAGCUUCAAGGGCUGGAGGAGGCUGAUAUCACCAAGUUCCCAUUCACUCCUGUCCCUGUGAAGAGUGAAGAUGAUGAAGAGAAACCUGAGUUCUCACAGCUUCAUCAAAGACAAACUGAACAGAUAAAAACAGAAGCUGAUGGAGAGGACUGUGGAGGACCAGAACCAGCCAUGAAAGCAGAUCCAGAUACACAUUUACAACCAGAUACUGAUGACGAGACUGGAGACUUUUCUGAACCUGAGACUGAUUGGAAGGACACCAGAGAACCUCAGUCAGGUUUAAACUCUCUGAAUGAUGAUAGAUUCCCUGUUAGUGAUUCAAGAUGUACUACAGAUGAGAAAGCAUUUAGCUGCUCUGAGUGUGGGAAAAUAUUUGGUUGGAAGACAAGUCUGAAGAGACAUAUGAUAACUCAUACAGGAGAGAAACCAUUUAGCUGCUCUGUCUGUCAGAAAACUUUUACAGUGAAGGGAAGUUUAAAGGCACACAUGAGAAUCCACACGGGAGAGAGACCAUUUAGCUGCUCAGUCUGUAAGAAAGCUUUUACAGUGAGUGGACAUUUAGAGAAACACAUGAGAAUCCACACAGGAGAGAAACCAUUUAGCUGCUCUGUCUGUAAUAAAGCUUUUACAGUGAAGGACAGUUUAAAGAGACACAUGAGAUAUCAUACAGGAGAGAAACCAUUUAGCUGCUCAGUCUGUAAGAAAGCUUUUACAGAGAAGGGAAAUUUACAGGCACACAUGAGAACCCAACACGUGAGUGUUACAAGCUCCCCCCUUGUUUUGCUUCUCCCUGUCUGCUCUACUCAGGUGAUCCUGAUUUGAUCGUCAGUGGGUCCCCCCCCCGUACUUAAGGAAGGCUGGAGGACUCUUUUUUUUCAGACUGAAGCAGCUGUGCACCAGUGUGUUUAUUUUUUGGGGGAUUGAGGUCUGACGGGUACGGCACACAACCAAGAUGAUAUUGGGAACUAAACUCAUGAUAUUUGGAUAUUGUACUAUAAAUACAGAUGUAUAAAUAGUAAUAGAUAAUUAAAUCAUUGAAAGUCUGAAAUGUUACGCUCAAGAUCUCAUCUGAACUGUCAAAGAUUCUCGACUGAAUUAAAAUGUUGGGUAUUAAUCGGGCGUAGUGUUGAGUUUGUCACCUAUUUUUAAUUUAGUCUUAGUCUUGUGCCAAAUUCCCAUGUUAGUUUUAGUCAUAUUAAGUCAUUCACAUAUCUUUCUUUGUUAGUCAAGUUUUAGGCGACUAAAAGUCUUGUCAUUUUAGUCUACUUUUAGGCAAAAGAAAACCAAAUAUAUCUCAGUCAAGU